AGAAGAAGAAGGUAACGAACAGUUUUGCGAAACUUUUCGAUUAUUAGCUAACUACAUGGUUUGCUGUGAUAAAAUGAAAGCCGUGUAGAUUGAGGAGUAAAGUAACUCAAUGUGUUGCUUGCUUUUUAUCUAGCAAGUCGUUGGAAAUAGUUUUAGCUAUUCAGCCAGGCUAACGUUAGACAAACCAAGAAACCCAGCUAGCUACUACUAGCUGAUGUGUCAUCAGGGCGCUUUGCCGAAAUAGACUUAUAAGUGAGUUAGCUAGAUACCCGGUAUUCAUAUGUUUGUCGCCAUUAGAGGUAGCUAAACUAUGUGACAUAGCUAAAAAAUUUUUAUUUGUCAAUGUAACCCUCACCCCCUCCCCUUAUCUCCUCUUCUUCCACUUCUUCUGUGCAUGACAGAAACCAAACAAUGCAGUGCAACAAUGUGACAACUAUCCCCAAAGGGCUACUGCAACUUCAGGGCAGUUUGAGUAGCAUGAUGAGCAGCCUGUACUAUAACCCCAAGGUAACAGUGCACCCAGUCUCCUCUUCAGCAACACUGUUACAAACUCUUGGUCUCAAACUCUGCUUGACAACACCUUUCACAAGAAACUCAGAAGUGACCCCACUUCCCAAUUUCAGAACACUAUCUUUACUGUCCUAGAUGGGUAUUUCAGUUCUGGUCAAAUCACCCAAAAAGAACACGAUUUUUUGGCUAUUCAACACCCUAAAAUUGCCACUUUCUAUACUUUGCCGAAAUUACACAAGAAUGUUACAAAUCCUCCAGGGCGCCCUAUUGUAGCAGGCAUUGAUGCAGUAACAGCCCCUUUAUCGACCUUUGUUGACUUUUUUAUUAGACCUCUCGCAGAACAGCUCCCCUCCUUUGUAAAGGACACCAGCAGUAUGAUUUAUAUUAUUGAAUCUCUUGAUCCUCUCCCUGAUAAUACCUUGUUAGUUACUUUUGAUGUUGAGUCGUUAUAUACGAAUAUUCCACACGAGGGCGGUAUUGAAGCCAUGGAACAUUUUCUUCUGCAACGUGACCCAAAUCAAAUACCUUCCAGUGCAUGCAUUAUAACAUUGGCUGAAAUAGUACUCACACACAACUACUUCAUGUUUCUAAAUGAUUUCUUCAUUCAGACGAAGGGUACUGCUAUGGGAUCCCCUAUGGCUCCUAACUAUGCUAAUUUGUAUGUGGGUUACAUUGAGAAACAGUCCAUUUUCAAUCAUCUCAAAAAUGUUUUCUUGCCUAACAUUUUUAUUUGGAAAUGGUACUUUGAUGAUAUUUUUGUUCUAUGGAGGGGUGAUUUAAAACAGCUCCAGUCAUUCCAUGCUUUUCUUAACUCUUGUUCUGAGCACCUGAGAUUUACUAUGCAAUCUGACACACGUCAAAUCAGCUUCCUUGAUCUUCUGAUUUUGUGAGGAUAAUGUUCUAUACACUGAUCUUUACAGGAAACCUACUGACCGUAACAGUUUGUUGAGGGCUGAUAGUUGUCACCCGCUUCCUUUGAAAAACAGUUUGCCCUACAGCCAAUUCUGUCGAAUCAAAAUAAUCUGUAAAAAACAAUCAGAUUUCGACCGAAAUAUUGCUGAGACGCAAAGAAAAUUCAAGGAGAGGGGGUACAAAAAUGGUCAGAUUAAUACUGCCAUUGAGAAAAUUCUAAACAAAUCGAGACUUGACCUCUUUCAGGGACAGUCUCGCAAAAAGAAGCAUUCUUGCGUUCUAACUACACGCUAUUCAAAUUGCUCUGAACAAAUUUAGGGAAUCGUUCACAAACAUUGGAACAUUCUAAGAUCCGAUGACAGUAUUGGUUAUGUGUUUUCGGAUCCUCACUUGGUUGUAUUCUCGCGGGGCAGAAAUCUCAGAUCAAUUGGUAAACUCGGAUUUUACCACCCCUAAAUAUCCCUGCACGUCGUCUAUUUGCGCCUCUACCGGAUGGAAACUACAAGUGUAACGGCUGCGCUCAAUGCAAUGGCACUUACAAAUGUAGCUCCUUUAAACACCCCCAAACAGGGAAACAUAUCCCAAUCAAAUGUGUUAUUACGUGCUCCACUAAGGCAGUUAUUUAUCUUAUAACUUGUCCUUGUGGUAAAAAUUAUGUGGGUAAAACAAAGCGCGAAUUAAAAGUACGAAUCUCGGAGCAUCGUAGCACCAUUAGGUGCAAAAACUCGACAUACCCAGUCGCUGCCCACUUUUUGGAAGUGAACCACUCGAUUUCGUCCCUACGUUAUAUCGGCAUCGAACAUGUCACCAUCCCUAGGAGAGGGGGUGACCUCGACAACUUAUUGGUAAAACGAGAGGCUGCCUGGAUCUUUAAUUUAAAGACCCUUGCUCCCUUCGGUUUCAACGUAGACUUUGAUUUGAAGUCAUUCUUGUGAUUACUGUGAUUUUGCUAUUCAUUGUAAAUGUUUGUGGGCCUAUGUAGCCAACUUGUAUCUAUGAUCAUAUGCUAUCCAUGUUUUUUGUAUGUUCUGUUUAUCUGUGAAUUAACCAAUGCUAUUAGGCCACACCCGGCCAUGAUUACAGACACCUGCGUGUGUCCUUUAACACAAUUGGCCCAGCGUCGUCCAGGGUAGGGGAGGGAAUGGCCGGCAGGGACGUAGCUCAGUUGGUAGAGCAUGGCUUUUGCGCAGGGUUGUGGGUUCGAUUCCCACGGGGGGCCAGUAUGAAAACAAUUAUAAUAAUGUAUGCACUCAUUAACUGUAAGUCGCUCUGGAUAAGAGCAUCUACUAAAAUGACUAAAAUGUAAAAAAAUAAACUAGUGACCCGCUGUGUUUGUCAUUAAUCCCUGAUGAAGACAGCUUGUCUGUCGAAACGUAGGAUAUUAAAUUAUUGCAUCUGAGCUCCUAGAGUGUGCGGCUUUCCUUUUCUUUUACCAACUCUUGGUCUAACAUUAACAGGCAUGUAGGGACCUAUUACUUCUUAAUAGGACGAGGUAAUGUGAAGCAUGUUCACGUCCCUUCUCUCUCCAUUCGCUAGGUGGCAGAGCUGAUGAACACAUCAAUGGGGCAGUACCUCAAUGGCCACCCGUUCUUAGCCCUGGCUGUGUUAGUAUUUGGCGCCAUGGCCACUGUACCCAUUGGGCUUUUCCUGGCCUUUGCCACCAUUACAUUCAUUGGUGCCACCGUGGGUUUCAUUUUAUUGGAGGGUAAGUCCCUACACUACCUUUACUAUACCUACUGUCCACUACUACAGUACUGAUACUCUUCCCAGCUGUGUAGUAUAACAACUAGCCUGAAUGCCUGUCUAUCAAGGACAAUGAAGGUGGCUAAUACUGAAACCCUUUCUCGCUCUUGUUUUUCUCAUUCUUCCUGCCUCCUCCCUCUCCCUCCAGUGUUCCUGCUGUCCCUGGGAGGGGUCAGUCUGCUGUGUGUGCUCUCUGCUCUGGCCAUCCUCGCCAUCCUGGUCUCCUUGGUCCUCGGUGCCUGUUACAUUACCUCUUCCAAUGUGCUCAACUUCUACUACAGCCAGCGGUAUCAACACGCAGCCUGGAGUGAACACACACACACACAGGCCCUUCAUUGGAGAUUCUCAUUCUCUCCCUCUCUCACCCGCUUCCUUUCUCUCUUUCACCCAGUGUCAGUAGGUACCGAGUCACUAGGUUGGCACCUGCGACAAAUAUAACAGUCAUGGAACAAGAUAGGUGUGUUCAACAUAACACAUAAUUUGAUGAACAAAUACUGCUUUCUAGAUACAUCAUACAAUGUUGUUUCCCAUAAGUUUAGUGUCCCUUUAAUAUAAUACUCAAGUUUUGUUCUCUCCCCUACUUUAAAGUCUGACAGAGAAGAAGAUGAUGAUGAUGAAGAAGCCUAAGGGAAGCCCAAGGUUUAAGAAGCUGCAGCGUCAGUGAUGGUGAUGGCCUUCUACAGACACAAUCAUAUACUGAUCACUGCCCUGCAGUCCUCUCACUGGCAGAUAGGGGUUCCUCUAGACUCUAGAACUAGAGUAAAACCUCAGCUUGACUUUUCAUUAAAGGCCCAAUGCAGCAAUUUUUAUCUCAAUAUCAAACAAAAAUAGCUUCUUAGCAA